AUGCAGUCGUCGCUCGACGUGUCGCGCAAGGCGCUUCUCUUGGUGUACGCGAUCCUGGCCGCGGCAGUGUACGGGCUCCUCGUCGGCCUCUGGUGGCUCCAUAGCCGCCACACCGCCGUUGCCAUCGACGAAGAAGCACAAGCCAACGCGCCGUCGAGUCCGCAGUACGAAGCCAUGGACGAGACGGUGCCGCUGACGGCCGCGCCACUCCAGACACAGUUCAAGUCGUUCGAGUUUCGGUACUUGCUGCUGUUCGCCGCUGUGCACAACCUCCAGUCGUCCUUCUACUUUGGCACUGUCAACCAAACACUUACGAAUUACGACGACAUCGACGAGGUCUACACCAAAGCGUUUGGGUGGAUCCUCCCCGCUGGCUUUGUGUUCAUUCCCGUCAUCGACACGCUCGUUGACCGCUUCGGCCUCCCCAUCUCGAUGCUCUCGACGACGCUCCUCAGCAUUGGCUACCACAUUCUCGCCAUGAUCCACUCGCUCCCACUUCAAAUCCUCACGUUCUUGCUCUUCACGGCCUUCCGCGCGCUCUUCUACGCCAACGUGGCCACGUGCGGCGCAACGACCUUUGGCCACACCAACAUGGGCAAGAUCCUCGGCACUGUUUACUCGUUGUCGGCCAUCGUCGCGCUCCUUGAAAUCCCCGCCGCGCAGUCGGCCAACACGAGUGAGACGGGAUGGAACGUCCUGUAUGCGGUCUCGCUCGGCCUACCCAUCGCGCUCGUGCCCGUCAUCCUUGUGUACCGCCGCCGGUUCUACGCCAAGACAACGGUCUAA